AUGCCGUCAGCGCAGCUGUUCUUACUCCUCUGCUCCUCUCUCCUCUGCUUUCAUCGCGCCCUGUCGGCUCCAUGCAGUUCACCUGCCCUCCGAGGUGACCCUGGCUUCACCUCCCCCACGACUCAGAACGCUCCGGUAUACCGAGCUGCCUACGAGUCCUUCGAGAAGGUUCCAUUCAGUGAGGCGAAGUUCCUCGCAUGCGGGGAAACCUCGAAGGGGUAUCAGCUCAAAGAGGAGGAGGGCGACGACACGCAGGCAAGAAUGGAGCAGGAAGAGGAUGUUUUGGUUGCGUUGGCGAACUUCGGCACCAACUUGCAGUGCAAGUAUUGCCUAAUGCAAGGAUGCGGCUACUGCUUUGUGAGCAAGAAGCUUGUCGGGGAGAGCAGCUGGGAUCUUCUCUUUCCAGGGAAUCUUUCCCACACCAACGUGUCCAUCUCGAACCGCUCACAGUGUUUCUACGAUCCUGGCGGAUACUUGUGCAGCUCCAGGCUGGAAACGGACUCUUGCUCCGAGCACGUCCCAAGGUACAUCGACAACGUCGACGACUGCUAUGGAGGGCAGCAGCGGAACGAUAUUGCUUACCUUGGAAGCCUCUGUGCUCCCAAGAUCGCUCCUCAAAUGCUAAUCCCUCUGAGAGACUCUGUGAUCUCGGUCGUGAUCUCGGACUUGAGAAUCGACCUCACUGCUCACACCUUCGACUCCUCCGUCACUUUCUCGUUGUCUUGGUCGGACAGAAGGCUAGCUGACAGCUUCCUGAACCCUUGCGGUAGCGACUGGAUGCAGGUGGAGAGGGAGGUAUGCGGAGCUUGCGACGAGGUGAUCUUUGCAACGGCGCUGGGGAGCAGGAGCAGCGCAGGAGCAUGCAAGUGCCGAGGAGGAGGUCUGGUCUGGAACGCUGUAUCGGCGAUGGAUGGGAGGGUGUUUAGCAAUGCAGUAAGGAUGGACCGAUGUGCUACACUGCAGUCGGACUAUCAAGCUGCCAACCAAUCUAUCACAAGGACAUUUGUUUGCCAGGGAAAAUUUAGCAUGAAGCUCAUCCCCACGGACUUGAACGUCAGCUCAGCUGGGAAGCUUGAUGUCGUGAUGAGCCUGUCGCUCUCUUCCAGGUCGACUUACGGCCUACGACUCUCGGUGGACUCGUCAAGGGUCAGCUCGCCGAGCCUGCCACUGGCUGGCUUCCAGCUGAGGCGGUCGAUCCCUGCGUUGAACCAGUCGAGCAUGACAAGGUGGGACUCCCCUAUCCUCCUGCUGGGCUUCGACGACUUCCAGCUCUGGUUCCCAAUCUUCGCGAGCUUCUUCCCCGUGCUUCUGUCCUGGUGCACCUUCCUCCUUCCCCCCACGCAGAUCGACCCGAGGACGCGCAAGGACCAGCAGCUCUCCCCUAUCCUCGUUGAUCGCAUCCUCGCCUGCUUCCUGGCGCUCCCCUGCAUCCUGCAAGCGGCCUGGAGGAAGGAAGGAGAGAGCGUCCCAACGGACCCGAUCAUCGUCAACAUGACAAUGACUCUUCUCCUGCUCCUGCACGCGUUCGUCGUCACCUGCCUGCUGCUCAAAAGGAUGGCAGAGGGGUUUCCAUCACGCAGGCAGCAGGACUACAACAAGCGCAUCCUUCUCAUCGUCGACCUCGUCGACCUCAGCGUCAGAGCAGCGUUCCCCGUGCUUCACCUGGGCAUCUUGCAGCGGAGCUUGAUCGUGUACUUCGAUCAGUCUCACCAGGUCAUUGCAGGUUCCAAUGCCUUCCUUGCCCUGUCCGUGCUGUGGUACGUCUCGGUGAACGUGCUGCUGCUGCGCUCCUACUUCAAGCAGAAGCAGGAGGAUCUCAGGCUGCUGUUUGAGCUCUUCGACACUGACCAUGGGGGGACCCUCAGCGUGAGCGAGCUUGACGUGGCUUUGUCAAACUACGGCUACGAACCCUUUGAGAAGGCGGAAGUGAUGCAGAUGCUGCUGGGGGGGGAAUGGCACAAGAGGCUGGAGGCCGAAGUGCCUCUUCCCACCUUCCUGAACGUCAUGGGCAGCCCGUGGGUUUCGCUCUCCAUGUGGCUGAUGAGCGGGAAGGGAGCAAGGAGGCGGGCAGAAGAAUCGCUGAACCAGCUCAACGAGAGCAAGCAGGAGGAGGAAGAGGAGGAGCAGGAGCAGUCGAGCGUGAAGGAGGGGGAGCGAGUGAUCGUCCUGCCUCCCGUCCUGCACAACUUUGGCAGGGAGGAGCUGGAGAGGCUCGAGAGCCACCUGAUCUCUAAGAGGGCAGCUGGGAAGAUCGUCAAGGAAGUCAUCGAGAGUUCAACCCAGCGAACCACCGAAGCUCUCCGCACCCUCCACGUCGUCGAGCAGCUGAACUUCCUCCCCACCAGGAGCCCAGCCUCCACUUUUGCAGCUGGGAAGCAGCUGGUAAGAGGCAACGCCGCGCUCUCGAUCGACAGGGGCUGGGCCCCGAAGAACACUGUGAACCUCGUCAGAACCAUAGAGCCGGCGAGGAAGGAAGACCUGGAGGCUGUGAAAGGCAGGAUUGUCGACUCGCUGCUGGACAUGGGGAAGGAGGCGGAGCGAUGGAGGGGGGGCAGAAGCAAGGGGGCGAGGGAGACGACCAGUGCCGGGGACGACUCGUCCUCCGUCUCCUCCUACGGUAGCGAAGAGGAGACGAGCUGA